AUGGCGUCCAGCGAUUCUGAUUCGCAGAUGAAGAUCGUCCAUGGCGACGCUGGUUACAUACUCGAAGACGUUCCUCAUUUCACCGACUACAUUCAAAAUCUACCUACGUAUCCGAAUCCGCUUCGAUCCAAUCCUGCUUACUCGGUUGUCAAGCAGUAUUUCGUGCACAUGGACGACACUGUCCCUCAGAAGGUUGUUGUUCACAAGGAUAGUCCAAGAGGUGUACAUUUUAGACGUGCCGGACCUCGACAAAAGGUAUACUUUAGAUCAGAUGAGGUCCACGCAUGCAUUGUCACGUGCGGUGGACUCUGCCCUGGCCUCAACACUGUUAUCAGGGAAAUUGUCUGUGGUCUUUCGUACAUGUAUGGUGUUAACAAAGUCCUUGGCAUAGAUGGUGGUUAUAGAGGUUUUUAUUCCAAGAACACCAUUACUUUAACACCUAAGGUGGUCAAUGACAUCCAUAAGCGUGGGGGUACAAUUCUUGGGACGUCACGAGGGGGUCAUGAUACUGGCAAGAUAGUUGACAGCAUCCAGGAUCGAGGAAUUAAUCAGGUCUAUAUUAUUGGAGGAGAUGGUACACAGAGAGGAGCAACUGUGAUUUAUGAGGAAGUUAGACGGCGGGGUCUGAAAGUAGCAAUUGCUGGAAUUCCCAAAACCAUAGAUAAUGACAUUCCUGUUAUUGACAAAUCCUUUGGUUUUGAUACUGCGGUUGAGGAAGCUCAACGUGCCAUUAAUGCAGCACAUGUUGAAUCUGAAAGUAUUGAGAAUGGUAUUGGUGUUGUAAAGCUAAUGGGACGUUAUAGUGGUUUUAUUGCCAUGUAUGCUACUCUUGCUAGCAGAGAUGUGGACUGUUGCUUGAUUCCAGAGUCACCCUUCUACCUUGAAGGAAAGGGUGGUCUUUUUGAAUUUAUUGAGAAAAGGCUAAAGGAAAAUGGACAUAUGGUCAUAGUCAUAGCUGAGGGAGCAGGUCAAGAUCUUCUUACUGAAAGCAUGCAAGCCAUGGACCAGAAGGAUGCUUCUGGAAACAAACUGCUCCAAGAUGUUGGUUUAUGGAUAUCUCAUAAGAUCAAGGACCACUUUGCAAGGAAGGAUAAGAUUCCUAUCAAUCUUAAAUAUAUAGAUCCAACUUACAUGAUCCGGGCAAUUCCAAGCAAUGCAUCAGAUAAUGUCUAUUGUACACUUCUUGCUCAGAGUGCAGUCCAUGGUGCAAUGGCAGGGUAUACUGGAUUUACAGUUGGACUGGUCAAUGGCAGACAUACUUAUAUUCCAUUCAAUAGAAUCAUUGAGAGACAGAACAAGGUUGUGAUUACUGACAGAAUGUGGGCAAGACUCCUUUCUUCGACCAACCAGCCAAGUUUUUUGAGCUCCAGAGAUUUAGAUGAAGCCAAGAAAGCUGAGCAACCUCCGGGUCAAUUGUUAGAAGGGAGCAAUUGCAAUGAUAUUGGUGAAGCCGAGAAAAAAGAAAACACCUUGACUCAAUUGUUAGAAGGGGACAAUUUCAAAGAUGAACAAAAUGCAGAAAACCAUGAGACAAUGGUAUGGAGACAAUAA